AUUGAAGGCAAUGGUGUGAGUAUUUUUGGAUUCAGUUCUAUUCGAAUUUCAGAAGUGAUCGUAUGUGUGUUAAUUGUUCCACAGUUUAUUUCGGUCUUUAAUUAAAACCAGAAUGUGGAUUAUGUGUUAAACCGACAAAGUUCAGUUGACAAACAAAGACUUUAUCGGGAAAAAAUGUUCCAAUCGUAAAUGAAUCGUGAUAACACUGACAUAAACCAGACGGAAACAUAACCCCAAAUCGCAUCGAUUUUUAUUUUGCUGAUUUGGUCAUUAAUAAAAAAGACAUUACACAAUUUGUCAUCAGCUGAAAUGGCAAAUUUUGUAGUUUGGGACUAUGUCGUCUUCAUUCUCAUGCUGGUCAUAUCUGCAGGAAUUGGUGUUUACUACCGUUUCACCGGAGGAAAGCAAAAAACAACAAAUGAAUAUUUUCUUGCGGAUCGGAGCAUCUCGAUAUGGCCCGUAUCGUUCAGUUUAAUGGCCAGCUUUAUGUCGGCCGUAACGUUAUUGGGAGUAUCUAUGGAGAACUAUCAGUACGGAACACUGUUCGUCGUGAUAAAUAUAUCGUACGGGUUAGCUACGCCCAUAGCAGCAUAUCUUUACUUACCAGUAUUUUUUAAACUGCAAGCAACUAGUGCUUAUGAGUACUUAGAAAGAAGAUUCGGCAAAUCCACGAGACUUGUGGCUUCCAUUGCAUAUUCGUUGCAAAUGAUAUUGUACAUGGGCAUUGUCUUAUAUGCACCAGCGUUAGCCUUGGAAGCGGUUACAGGUAUUACCAAGACAAGUGCCAUAUUAGCCAUUGGGUUCGUUUGUACGUUCUACUCAACGAUUGGUGGAAUGAAGGCUGUCCUGAUCACUGACGUCUUUCAAUCGCUACUGAUGUUCGGUGCGAUUUUCAGCGUGAUUUUUUGUGCAGUUGCACGAGCCGGUGGCUUUGGUCCGAUCUGGGAUACAGCGUAUAAUGGUGGUCGUUUGGAGUUUUUAAACUUUGACCCUGAUCCCACUACUCGUCACACAUGGUUUUCGCUAAUUAUUGGAGGUGGUUUCACAUAUCUGUCACUGUAUGCAGUGAAUCAAACACAAGUGCAACGACUGUUAACUGUAAAAGAUCUCAAAGCAUCGCAGAAAGCAUUGUGGCUGAACUGGCCCAUAUUAUCCUGUCUAAGUUUGAGCACUUCUUUUAGUGGUCUGGCAAUUUACUAUUUAUACCAUUCGUGUGAUCCAUUACUGCAAGGCAGAGUGUCCUCAAGGGAUCAACUAAUGCCAUUAUUUGUUGUCGACGCAAUGGGUGAUUAUCCUGGACUUCCCGGUUUAUUUGUGUCUGGAAUAUUUUCGGCGAGCUUGUCAACCGUUUCAGCCGCGGUGAAUUCGCUAGCAGCAGUUACUUUAGAGGACUACAUAAAACCUCUGUACCAAUACAUUAAAAAGCGACCGUUGCCAGAUACACAAUCCACGCUACCAUCGAAGAUAACAGCAAUGCUCUAUGGUGUACUCUGCAUUGGAGUGGCUUUUUCAGCCCAAUUACUCGGCGGUGUACUUCAAGCUUCGCUUACCGUUUUCGGUGUUGUUGGAGGACCAUUAUUCGGACUGUUCACGUUGGGAAUGUUUUCGCCGCGUGCAAAUCAACGGGGUGCUAUCACCGGACUGAUAUGUGGCAUUGGAUUCGCACUGUUCUUAGGAUUCGGUCAACCCAAACCAAUUCCGCCGACAAAAUCCUUUUCAAUCGACGAUUGUACUGAGUUCGGCGGCAUAAGAUUGUUCACAAAUUACACAACGACUUCUACAACGGAACCAGUGUCUGACAUGCUCCUUCAGCGGAGCGAUGAUGGUGAAUACAUUUGGCUGUUGAAAGUGUCGUACUUGUGGUACGGGGUGUUUGGCUUUUUGAUCACAUUCAUCGUUGGAUAUGUCGUGAGCUUUGGGCUGGAUUUGUGUAACAUGGGCGGUUCAAAGAAAAUCUAUUUGGAUUCGAAGAGACGUUACAUUGAUACGGAGCUGUUUUCGCCGCCAGUUUCUAGACAAUUGAAACGGCAAAAUGCUCGUUUCUUGGAGCGUGAUAGUAAUUUCUCCAACAUAAACAAAUUCACGAGCUCGCAUUUCUGAAAAUUGUACAAAAUUAGCUGUAUGAAUGCUGCGCAAAUUACUUAGAGUGAGUAAGUUAAAAAUGUAGGUUUUAUAGAGGGGAACAAAAUGAGAAACAAGUACCAUAAAUACGCUAAGAGAAACUAAGUCUUCCAAGAAAUGAAAUUGAAUUAUUUUUGUCGUCGAUUGUCGACGGGUGUGAAGGUCAGUAUUCAGAAACAAUUUUUAAAGAAAACGAAGAGGAUCAUUAGCGUACUUAAAUCCUGAGAUGUACUUAAAAGUUCUGUCAUUCAGACUUCCAUUCAAACAAUUGAUCAGUGCCAUGUUUACAAAAUCUGUGUACGUCGAAUCAAAUCA